GCCGGAAGGGAAGCGGAGCGAGGACACUGACCAAAACAAAUAUGGCGGCGGCAGUAACGACGUCCCGAAACGAAACCCGGAAACUAAACGGAAGUGUCCGCCUCACGUUUGAACCUAAACAUCCGCCUCUGUGAACGCGUGUGUUUACUACGUUAGCUCGUCGUGAGGGACCAAACAUGAAAAGACGUUUUAACGUGAGUGAAUAAUGCCUGACUGACUGUUUGUUGUGACACAAGGACGAGCAACAACAUGUAGCCGGACGUGGACCUGAGAGGUGAACACGGGACAGGUCCGCCAUGGGUUUGGUGAACCUUGUGAUCUCGUCUGUGGGAAAAUGCCUGGACGCCGUGUGCUUACUCCUGGACUUAAACUUCCUCGUCGUCCACACCGUGGUGCGGACCAUCCUGGCUGUUAUCACCUUCAUAACCAGCCUGCCCACCCUCCUCCUCAACUCGGUGCUGGAGCUGGGAAACCUCGUCUUGUUUGGCUUGAUGUCCAUGGCAGAGGCGACGACACACGUAGCCCACGGGACUGUCACCGUGCUGGGGAGCUUGGUGCUGGCUCUGGAGGGGUUCCUGGAAAGCCUGAAGAUGGUGGGUUACCUGUCCAUGCACGUCCUGCUUCGUGGAAAGGAGCACCUGUACCGAGGUCUGCUGUCGUUGCUGGAGGGCUGUGGUAUCGCUGUCAGCCUGGUGGUCUAUUUCGCCAACACCGUGGUCAACUUUUUACUCAUAGCCACCCAGAACAUUUACCUGGCGGCGGUCAGCGUGUGGCAGACGGUGUCCAGCCCUUUGCAGAAGGUGCUGGAGCUCACGCUGACCUCCUUCACCUUUCUGUACAGCAGCCUGGUUGGGACUUCGGCGUUGCUCUGGUCACCCUGUAAACUGGUGUUGGACUUUCUGAUCUCGCUGGUUCAUAUGUUUAUCAGCAUCUUCAUUUUGAACAUCUAUGGCCUGUUGCUCACUGUCACCAUUGCUCUAACUACCACCGUCUACCUGAACCCAGGGCUGACCCGACAGGCUGUUGCGCAAAUAGUGGAUUACUUUAACUCUUUUCCCACCCUGCGCAGACUUUAUCAGGCUCUCCGCUGCCUGGUUUCAGCUUUGCAGCGCGUCCCGCAUUUUGUACGUGGUGCCAUGCAGCGCCUGCCCAGGAUACUCCAUCACCUCUACCUGUUAGAGAGAGGACUUUGGCAGCAGCUGUCUCGACUCAGCAGCCAGCUAGGCUUGGCUCUGAGGACGCAUCUCCACAGGGACAACAACAACAGAGUACGCGGGGAUGGCGACCCUGGGGAGGAAAGGCGGGACCCACCGGAUGGACGAGCGGGGGAUGGAGCCCACCAAGAGCUGCUGGAUUUAGUUUACCCCUCCUCAAGCACAGACAGACCACUAAAGAAGCAGUCAUCUUUAGGCAAAGACGUCAAACCUCUUCCUGCUGAGAAUCUGCUGACUCUGCUGAAGGAGCAGGAGGACAGGAAGAAGUGUGUGAUCUGUCAGGACUGUACCAAGACGGUGGUGCUGCUGCCGUGCAGACAUCUCUGCUUGUGUAGGGACUGUACGAACAUCCUGUUGAGGCAGCCCAUCUACCAACAGAACUGCCCACUGUGUCGGCACAUGAUCCUCAACACUAUGGACGUGUAUCUAUGAAGGGCCAAGGGAAGUCUGACCACAUGGAGCAAUAUCGAUACUUUUUACCACCGCUGAAAUGACGUAUGAUGUAUGACGUAUUUUUUACUAGGUUGUGUUAAGGGAUAAGUCUGGUAAUAUUCUACAUUUUUCUUGCUGUCAGUAAAAGUGUGAGAACGCAUUAUUCUGUCUCUUAAUACUUUCUCUGGACUGUGGCACCCAGUCGCAAAGCUGUUCAUUUCCACUAAAGUUGUCGACCUUUUAAAAAAAGCGACUCACAAAUUUAUAGUUUCAUUUUUUUUAUUACCAAUUGGGCUCUGUAGUUUGUUUGUUUUUAACAAAUGUUACCGAAGCAGUAAAUAAAAGUGCAGUAAAUUCUGGAUUUUUGCUGACAGUAAAUAAAAAAAUAAAAAAGAGAGAGAAUAUCACCAGACUUUAUAAAAUUUGGUGUCUAAUCUGUAUUUUUUAAGCACAGAUUUGACAAGGAAUAUUCAUGCUGUGUCCCAAUUUAAUACUUAAUACUAACUCUAUACAGUAUGUACUGUAUACUAAUCUUUAUGGUACACUGUGUUUGCAGUUAGUAGGAAAUGAUAUGAUGCUUUGAAUCAAACUACAACAUUAACAACAAGAUGUUUUUCCAAAUGUGUUUCUGUUUCACCCCCGUCUGCAGGUAGUUGGUAGUAUUUUUUCCAGCUCCUCCUGAUCCUUUGUGCGUUGCAUUGUGGGAGAAUAGUGUGCAAACAGUACAGUAGACCUUUGGUUUGUCAUUUUCCAAACUGAAAUCCUGCUUUGAAUCAAUCUGUCAUAUGGAUUCGGGACACAGCCAGAUGUGUGACGCACCUGUUUAAAUAUUCCAGUAUUGCCACGUUGAGUCUCAGGUCUCGUAGCCAUGGUAACCCGUCAGUGCCCUCCCUGAUGCUGAAAUGUUUACCACCGCUAAUGUCUUAACAUGUCUUUGUGUCCUUUCUAGUCGGCCAAGCUGUGAAGAAAUGCAACCUACGCUGUGCUUUAAUGCACGAGUACACAAACGAUUUCACACACGCUGUACGUACGUAUGAAUGCCGUGUGUUUAACAGCACGACGCCGCAACCUUUUCGUUCUGUUCUCUAAAUGAUGACCACUUCGCACAGAGCUGUUUAAAGAGUUUUUCUGUAUUUAAGGAAAGUGAUUUAUAGUUUUCCAGUCAGGCCUGAUAAAAUCCAGCUUUAUUCCAUUUAUUUGGUCUAUUGAUAGAGCCGAUUCCAGUCUUCACCACCAACACAAUCCAUAAAAGGUUUUCCCUUUCCUUUGUCAUUGUAAUAAAACAUAGCUUUCUGUGGUAUAAAAGGACCAUAAACCAAUAAGGCUUUACAAUUUAAUUAGCUUUUGUUUCUCAUUUGUUGCUGUUGAAGUGUUGAUAUUGAUCGAUGUUUAAAGUUUACAGGGCACUAUCGUGACUCCACUUCAUCUAUUAUUAUGGGUGGUGGGUGGUGUGGAGUCAGAUCUGAUAUGCCCUUUUUGUUUUGUUUUGUUUCCUCAGUGAUUUGUAUGAAGAAAAUUUAAUUUUUUGUAACUUUCGCUAUGUUAUACAACUGACAUUAUUGUAUUCCUCACAGCAUUACUCAUGUCAGUGGUCUCUAGGAAUCAUUUACAGUCUAUAGUCAUUAUAGACUACUCCUCUAAGGUAACCUAGUAAAGAUGGCUGCUGUCAUUUGUUGCUGCCUGCAGUUUGUAUGACACAGCGUGGGACAAUGUGAUUUGAAGACGUGAAUGUAACUUUUUUUUUUAAAUGCUAUGGCUGCCACAUAACAGGCAAGUCUUCUGUUCAUAAUAAAACAACAAUCAAU